UUUUUGGCGGUCAUUGUAGGUGAACGGAGUUCGUGAAUUCGGCUUGAAGGAUUUUCUGUGUAUCCACCAUCGGUGUGGAUUUAGAUCGCAGAAGUAUAAUCUAAUAAUAUGGCAUCGGUGUCACUUGACAAAGAAGCCUUUGUUCGUCGCGCGAAACGCCUUUAUGCUUUUUGGAAGGUUCGCUUGACCACUGACCAAAGCGAGGAUGGCUUCAAGAUUACGGAUGCUAUUGUGAGUGCUCUCGGUGCAACGGAUGAUACCAGCUACAGCAAGAACACCGCAUUGCAAACAUGGCUUUUUGGUUACGAGUUGCUGGAUACAGUGAUCGUAAUGGCAGAGAAUUGGAUAGAAAUUCUUGCGUCAAAGAAGAAAAUAGCCUUUUUAAAGCCCCUGGAAACAUUAGGGAAAGAUUCAAAUUUACCCGAAGUCCGCCUUUUCACUCGCGAAAAAGGGGAUACGGCUAAAGACGUAGAAGUCUUCCACAAACUUAUUGUUAGCAUCAAGGCCAGCCGGAGGGGUUCAACGAUUGGAACUUUCGUCAAAGACAAAGCGCGAGGAGAAUUCAUUAAGGCAUGGGCAACCGCCCUCGAAGAAGCAAAAAUCAGCAAGACUGACAUAUCUUCAGAUGUCGGACUAUUGCUUGCGGUGAAAGAAGACCUUGAACUAUCGAUCAUGCGGCGUUCAGCUCAGAUCACAGUUGACGUCUUCACUAAAUUUCUCCGGGAUACAAUCAUGAGUGUCGUGGAUGCUGAAAAGAAAAUGAAGCAUAACAAACUUGCCGAGUCAACGGAGCAAGCCUUGCAGAAUAAGAAGUUCGUUUCUGACCCGAAGAAUGUAGAAGUUUGUUAUCCUCCGAUCAUCCAAAGUGGAGGUCACUACAACCUCAAGUUCAGCAUUCUCAGCGAUGGCAACCAACUGCAUUUUGGCGCGAUAGUAUGUUGUCUGGGCAUCCGGUACAAAAGCUAUUGCUCCAACAUUGUGCGCACGUUGAUGGUGAACCCUCCCGAUAAAAUGCAGAAAAACUACGAUUUCUUGGUGCAACUGGAGGAAUACUUGUUGGAGCAGCUGAAGGAUGGCAAGAGAAUGUGUGACGUUUAUGAAGCCGUGAUUGCAGAAGCGACGAAACAACGGCCGGAUUUGGUCAAGAACCUCACGAAAACCUUCGGUUUCGCAACUGGUGUCGAAUUCCGUGAAAGUGGAUUGCUGAUAGGACCAAAAACGACAGAGGUUGCGAAAAAGGACAUGGUCUUCGUCGUGGCUAUUGGACUGCAAGAUCUGACCAAUCCAGAUGCUGGUGAUGACGCUAAUGCAAAAACAUAUGCGUUGUUCAUUGGCGACACCGUUAUUGUCAAUGAGAAUCAACCGGCUGGUAUUUUCACCAACAGCAAGAAGAAGCUCAAAAAUGUAGGUAUUUUCGUGCAAGAUGGCGAAGAAGAAGACGACGACUCAAAUAAGGAGAAUAAUGAAGCGGAAUCGGAGCUACUUGGUCGUGGCAAGCGUAACGCCAUUUUAGAAAAGAAGUUUCGCGAGCCAGGGCAGGAGGAAAAGCGACGGGAGCAUCAAAAAGAAUUGGCCCAGAAGGUGAACGAAGAAGCUCGAGCUCGCCUGGCAUCUCAGAAAGGCCAGAAAUCCACUGACAAGUCUCGCAAGGCCAGUGUGUCGUACAAAAACUCAAACCAAGUCCCUCAGGAGCCCGACAUUCACAGGCUCAAGAUUUUCGUUGAUCACAAAUACGAGACUGUGAUUUUGCCAAUCUACGGCGUUCCCGUACCUUUCCACAUUUCCAUGAUUAAAAACACGUCGGAAACUGUGGAAGGAGAGUACACGUAUCUUCGUAUCAACUUUUUUCAUCCGGGAUCCGCGAUGGGUCGGCAAGAGGGAGGCUUUCCCAAUCCGGAAGCAACUUUCCUGAAAGAGAUUACGUAUCGUGCAUUGAACAUCAAAGAUCAAGAUGGAACGUCGCCGUCCAGCAACCUCAACACUGCAUUUCGCCUCAUCAAGGACGUUCAAAAGAAGUUCAAAACCCGCGAGGCUGAGGAAAAGGAGAAAGAGAACCUAGUAGAGCAGGACACUCUUCUGGUGUCUCACAACAAGGCUAACCCUAAACUCAAAGAUUUGUUUAUCCGGCCAAACAUCGUUGCCAAGAGAAUGACUGGUUCUUUGGAAGCGCACGCAAACGGCUUCAGAUAUACGUCUGGGAGAGGAGAUAAAGUGGACAUUCUGUACAACAAUAUUAAGCACGCGUUUUUCCAGCCUGGCGAGGGGGAAUCCAUUAUACUUCUCCAUUUUCAUAUGAAAAAUGCUAUUAUGUUCGGGAAGAAGAAACACUUGGAUGUUCAGUUCUAUACGGAAGUUGGCGAGUUGACAACGGACUUGGGCAAGAACCAGCACAUGCAUGAUCGCGACGAUCUGGCUUCGGAGCAGGCUGAGCGUGAACUGCGCCACAAACUGAAGAACGCCUUCAAAACGUUCUGUGACAAGGUGGAAGCUUUGACGAAGAACAACGUGGAGUUCGAUGUUCCGUUCCGCGCCCUGGGUUUUCAUGGCUGUCCGUUCCGUAGUACCUGUCUUCUUCAGCCGACGUCCGGGUGCUUGGUGAACCUCACAGAAUGGCCGCCAUUUGUCGUAAGCCUGGAAGACGUCGAAAUCGUGCAUUUCGAACGAGUGCAGUUCCAUUUGAAGAAUUUCGACAUGGUCUUCGUUUUCAAAGACUAUCAUCGGAAAGUGGUGACGAUCAACGCGAUUCCCAUGCAGAUGCUUGAUCACGUUAAAGAGUGGCUCAACUCUUGCGAUAUUCGCUAUUCCGAGGGAAUCCAAUCGCUCAACUGGUCAAAGAUUAUGAAAACCAUAACGGAAGACCCUGAGGCGUUUUUUGAAGAAGGUGGCUGGUCUUUCCUUGACCCCGAGGACGAGAACGAAGAUAUGGGAAGUGAUGAAGAAUCUGGCAAGGAUUGGUCUGAUCUGGAAAGAGAAGCUGCGGAAGAUGAUCGACAUCGUCGGGAUUUCGAGGAUGAAUAUUCGAAAGGAAAGCCGGGGGCUCCUAAGCGUGGUCCUCGAGACCAUUCCCCACCGUCGCCGAAGAAAAAGAAGAGCGACAGGGACGACCGUCGGUCGGACAAGAAACGUCCUAGCAGUUCGAAAUCAUCCAAGCACGAUUCUCCGUCGAAGAAGUCGUCAUCCAGUAUGAAGAAGUCUUCUUCGUCGAAACACCACUCCUCCUCAUCCUCAUCCAAACACUCUUCGCCGUCGAAGCAUUCCAGCUCCAAGAAACGCCCGCACAGUGGAAGCGACGACCGGCAAUCGAAGAAACGACGCUAAGUCUGAUCAACAGACAUGAAUGGCUCCAAGAUGAAAUGAAGUAAGCUGUGGAUAGCCGAAGUGAAGGCAAACGCAGAUGAUUGAAGCUGCACGACUGGAAAAUGUUUUUUUUUCUGAGGAAUACUUUUUAUUUCUCAAGUUCCAAGAAACUUGCUGCCGAGAAAAACGCUCUUUUUACAACACAACUCCGGAAAUAACGUGCGGUCGAGCGAGACAAACUCGGAACAAACUACAUUGUUUUUUGUUUUUUAAAAUCAGCGAUUUCCAGCCUCUUGUUCCGACGGCGAAAGAAUCGAUCUCUUUAAUUGAAAGAUUGUAUCUUCUGUCAGCCCACUCAGCUUGUGUCCCUCUUGACGGUGUGUGCUGCUCCUUUUUUAGUGUGGAUAUCGUUGGCUUCUUCUAGGCGGUUUCUCAGCGGGACUGUCCAUGGCGGGUAUGAAUGAAAAGUAAAUUUUCCAUCGUCGUUCAUCCGUGUGUUUCUAGUCCGAAUCUUAUUAGAAGGUGGCGGUAGUUGUGUGUUAUGUGUUCCUGUUCCGUGUUGCAUGCUGGCUCGCCUGUGACACGAUCUCGGUCCGGAAUGAGGUAUUUUUUGAAGCAGCGACGUUAUUGCGGGACGGAAAAUAAGAGAACACUGCUGUCUUCUUGUAUAUUUA